CGGCUCCGUUAAGGGCAACCUCGAGCAACAUUUAAGUUGAUGAAGAAAAACCUCAGACAGCCAGGAUGCUGUUUUUGGCCACAAGAGGUCCCACUGGAGCUCGACGGUUAGUGACAGAGAGGUGGCAUGAAUUUGUGGUAAAUGGAAUGUGCAAGUAUACUUACUUAAGACAAUAUACUGUUUUCCACAGAAACCAAAGGAUUGGCCAGUUCUUCUCUUCAAUCUUAAACCACUGCAGAUGCUUAAGUGCCAAAGCCACCCACAGGAAUGCCUCAUCACCAGCUGCAUUCAAUCAAAAAACUCCUUCCUACAGUUACAUCAUUGUUGGGGCGGGCUCAGCGGGCUGUGUUCUUGCCAACCGCCUAAGCGAGGAUACCCAUGAGUCAGUCCUGCUGCUUGAGGCUGGGCCUAAAGACAUGUUGCUUGGUAGCUUACGGCUUUCAUGGAAGGUCCACAUGCCGGCUGCAUUGACUUACAACCUCUGUGAUGACAAAUACAAUUGGUACUACCAUACAUUACCUCAGGCCCAAAUGGACAACCGGGUGAUGUACUGGCCUAGGGGCCGUGUGUGGGGUGGGUCCUCUUCACUUAAUGCCAUGGUGUACAUCCGUGGACAUGCUGAAGACUACAACCGCUGGCAGAGAGAGGGAGCCAAGGGCUGGGAUUAUGACCGCUGUCUUCCUUACUUUAGGAAAGCUCAGUGCCAUGAGCUUGGAGAAAAUAGAUACAGAGGUGGCGAUGGGCCUCUUCAUGUGUCUAGAGGGAAGACCAACCAUCCCCUUCACAAGGCUUUUAUUGAAGCAGGGCAGCAGGCAGGGUACCCCUUUACUGAUGAUAUGAAUGGAUACCAACAGGAAGGUCUGGGCUGGAUGGAUAUGACCAUCUAUAAAGGUAAAAGGUGGAGCACAGCCAGUGCGUACCUCAGACCUGCCUUAAAUCGACCAAACCUGAAGACUGAGGUUCAAUGCCUAACAACCAAGAUCCUGUUUGAAGGCAAUCUUGCAGUGGGAGUAGAGUACAUACAGAAUGGCCAAAAGAAAAAGGUGUUUGCAGAUAAAGAAGUGAUACUGAGUGGAGGAGCCAUUAACUCACCUCAGCUUCUGAUGCUGUCAGGGGUGGGAAAUGCAGAUGACCUGAAAAACCUCAAUAUACCUGUUGUUCAGCAUUUACCAGGUGUCGGAAGUAACCUGCAAGAUCAUUUGGAGCUGUAUGUCCAGCAACAGUGCACUCAGCCCAUUACCCUGUACAAGGCCCAAAAACCUUUCCACAUGGUCAAGAUAGGCCUGGAAUGGCUCCUUCUGUUCACCGGAUAUGGAGCAACAGCCCAUCUGGAGAGUGGAGGAUUUAUCCGCAGCCGACCACACGUCACACACCCUGAUAUCCAGUUUCACUUCCUGCCCUCGCAGGUUAUCGACCAUGGACGAAUCGCCUCCAAGAUAGAGGCUUAUCAGGUUCAUGUUGGGCCAAUGAGAAGCACUAGUAUUGGCUGGUUGAAGUUGAAGAGCAGCAAUCCUCUGGAACACCCAAUUAUUCAACCAAACUACCUUUCAACUGAUAUAGAUGUUUGGGAGUUUAGACAAAGUGUCAAACUUGCCAGAGAAAUUUUUGCUCAGAAGGCCUUUGAUGAAUUUCGGGGCCCAGAAGUUCAACCUGGGCCUCAUGUCCAGUCUGAUGCUGACAUUGAUGCUUUUGUCCGCCGAAAAGCUGACAGUGCUUACCACCCAUCCUGCACCUGCAAGAUGGGGUCACCAUCCGACCCGAUGGCAGUGGUUGAUCCUAGCACUCGGGUGUUGGGUCUGGAGGGACUUCGAGUGGUGGAUGCCUCCAUUAUGCCCAGUAUUGUCAGUGGAAACCUCAACGCUCCAACAAUAAUGAUGGCAGAGAAAGCUGCUGACAUUAUUAGAGGUCGCCCUUUUCUUGAUGACCCACAAGUUCCGGUGUACAAACCACCAACACUUAACACACAAAGAUGAAUGGAGAAAACAAGGAGCUCAAGAGCAAGUAAAGUAAAGUCUCUGUGCAGUCCUAGCACAAUCAGGCAACAAUAGGCUGGCAGCACAUUACUUAAUAAAAAAAUGAAAAAAAAAAAGAAAUGCACUUAAGCCAGUGUUUUGUGAUGGUAUACAUGCUCUGAUGUCCAAAAAAUCCAGAACUGCACAAGACUUUAAAAUUAAGACAUUUAGAACUGAUAUAAAUAUCUUGCUCUAAAUAGCUGUGUUGGAGGUAAUAUAACACAAUGUAUAUACGGGUAACUAAUGUCUUAAGGGAAACCUGUCAUCUUAAAAAAAUGAAGCUCAUCUAACAAGAUUUCCAGUUUUGACUCAGAAAGGGCCCAUUAAUAAUGUCAGCGUCAUCGAAGCCCCAUUCUAAAGAAAACAGGUUGUUUUUCCCCCACUACUUUGUUUCAGUUUAAGCAGAUUACAUCUCAUCAGUUUUUUACAGCUGCAUACUCUGUUAAACAGCCAGGCUUUAGUGGGCUGUAUUGUUCUUAUCUAACCAAUCAUCAGCGUGUAUGCUGUCUACCAUGUCUGAGCAGUUCUUUUUGUACCGUCUGCUCGGAUCUUUUUUUUUUUUUUUUUAUCAGAUAAAUGUCUUAUUGCCUUCCUGAAGACUUGCAGAUUCAGCAUUUAGAAGGAAUACAUUUUUUUGUUUACUGCUUGAAAUUUAAAUCUGAGAGCAGCUUUACAAAAAUGAUUCAGCCCAGUAAACCAAGUAAAAGAAUGGGCUAAGCUGUUCUAAAUGUGAAGUUUGCUAUUCUUAACCACCAACACUUAUGGACCUCCCGAUACAUCUGUAUUUUAUUCUGCUUUCUUUUCUCUUUUUUUUUUUUUUUGCUAGAGCAGUUAGAACUGAUGGUGAUAUUCAACUUAGAGAUCCAAAGAGUCACAGCUGUAUCACUCUCAACAACACCCCACAAGCUACAAGCCUCACUAAUACAGAGAUUAACACUAUGGUGCUCAUGUUGUGAAACAUUUUUGUGUUAACAUUGGAAAUACGUCCGGUUAUUAGUGUAUUUACACAGUUAGUCCAUUCCUCUGGUGAACUGGCUUGUGUUUUUUAGCUGUGCUUGCAUGACUCCCACUUUAAGGCUCUCAUAUUUCAAAACACGCCAAACACAAAUAAAAAAAAUGGCACAUGGAUUAAGGAGGGUUUUGAUUGAUCUUCCGUGAGAGGUUCUUUAUAUUGUUGGUCUUGUGGGAUGAUCCAAAAUAUGGUUUUACUAUUGUUCUUUUAUUUAAGUAUUCAAACUUGCAUCUUUUAUUUGGCCCUUAGUAAAAGAAAAUCUGGCUGCUGCUUUAGCUUAACAUAUUAUAAUAAGCUCUUUUGGGUCUUUUAUAAAAUACUACAGUGAUUUUUACACUAAAAGCAAAUCUAUGGUUAAUCUUGAGUGUAUACUUAUCUUUCUAAAUGAACUGUGCAUGGACUUUAUGAAGCCUUCAAAGCUGAGAAUAAGUGAUCAGGAAAUUAUCAAUAUGCUACUUGCUUGAAUGAAAUCUAAAUUUUAUAGUAUUGCCUUAAGAUUUAUAUUUUGUUAAAUGUCCAAAUUGAUUUGACAAGUAUUGUUUACAUUAUAUACUGUUUUACACAAUGUAACUUGAAAUUUCAAACUAUUUGAGUACCAAUGAAGGAGUUAGACAUUUAUGAUUAAGGGAACAUUGUUGUAAAAGUUCUUCUAGCUUAUGUUUGCACUUUAUCACCACUUUAUUGAUCCUGAAAAAAAGAAACACUAGAAAAGAAACCUUGUCCUGAUGACUUUAAGUGUUCUUUAUUCAGACUUUCUGCAGGUUUUAUGUAAUUCCAAGCAAGAGUAAAAUAAUGCUAAUGUUUUGUUUUGAAUUGCAAAGUCAAAAGCGUACUCUCAUUUGUAUGUAUUUUCUAAAUCUGUGUUAAAUAAAAAUAAAUAGGAAGCACA